ACCGCCAACUCUUAGACUACUCUUGUAUAGAAGAAUAGUGGGAUUUGACUGUUACUCUUAUAGUGUGCCCAUGACCUCAAAGUGCGGAUCACGCUAACAAUUCCGCUACGCCCGGCCGAAGAGAGAAGAGAAAUGGAGUGCAUUGAAUCAUCAUAUUUGAUUACUGAGUGCGCAUAUCAAUCGUUCUCCUCUACGACAUUACUGCGCGUUCAAGACGCAAAGCUUCGGAAGACUAACGUUUGAAGUUUGGUGUUUUUCGAUGCAAAAUGCAAUGUUCAUGUUUUUCUUCAUCUUCCCCUUUGACGUAGUUUACGGAAAGCGACACACCCAUGAGAAGCAUCUCUAUAGUUCCAGGUACUGAUAACGUUUUCCUUUUGACACUCAUUGCCGCGUAGGACGAGAUGUCGCCAUGACAACAGUGGCGUGUGAAGAAGAUAUUUUUAUCGGCUGUCCCACAUGCUAGUGCUUUACAUAAUCUGUGAAUUAUUAAAAUUCUUUGCUUUAAUUUAUCCUGACCUUUGACAGGAAGAAAGUGCACGCCUUCAGAUUAUUUAACACGAGCAUCAGAAGCCUUUUUUUAAAAAAUAGGCUUAACUCGAUAGACUUCGUAUACACAUUCUACUGUUUAUUUCACUUUUUACUUGUUCGAAUUCAUGAGAGAGUUCAAUUGAUUUGUGUUAUGUUUACAUUGUACAGUACUCUGACAGCUUUUCUAGAAGUAAAUGUUUUUGUAAUAAGGAUUUACGAACUAUGACGAGGCAGUGAGUAGGCGUUGCGUUUAUAUUCUAUAAUUCAUUCUAGCUCGCCUUAACAAGAACUUAGUUCGAAGAAAUAUUUAUUAAAAAGAGCGACGGUUUCUUUAUCCUAUUAGUAGUUAUGAUCUCCACUACUAUUGUACAGUUUAAGGUUAUUUCAGUUACAGAAAUCUCUAUUUUUCCAAGUCCUGGCAACUCGUGUGAACUGAGAACUUGUACCAAAACAUCUCAUGAGCAGCAGCAGGACAGGGCUGUUCCGGAAACAAUAACGAAAACACCGAUUAAUGAGUCAGCAGUUUGGUCUUUGAAGUUGCUGAGCGACAGUAUCGAUCAUUCUACUCUCGCUUCUACCUUAGAACAUUUGAAUAGUGAUACCACCGAAGACUUGACAAGGCACAUCAAAUGGCAACAACAGCGAAGACAAGAUCUUCUUCUAUCGUCGCCGAGCCUUAUACAGGGCCACCUGGUGGAAGCUCACUCAAACUUUCGAAGAAUGAUGCAAGAGAACAAAGCUAUGGCGUCCCAAAUAGAGUCAGAAAUACUAACUGCUCGACAUCAACUGUUGAUUUUACAAGAAGAACUUGCAGUAACACGAAGACAUCUUGCUGAACACACUUCUUCUGGUGUUGCGGGUUUUUUUCCCGAUACUUCCAAUAGUGUAGAGGUUGCUAAUAUGGCAGGAAACGUGUUGACUACCUGCGUGCCUGCUGGAGCAAAUAACGGACCAUCGCCACAGGGCGCUGAGUGUAAUAGUAAUAUUAGCCAAAAUGAUAAUUCGCCACUAUCUCCGAACUCAAACUCAAGUUCAAACUGCCCUAUUCAACUUGUUUCCGUUGAUGCGGAUAACAUUACAGGCAUAAAAACAAUAUCUCGAGAGAAAAGCUUACUAGAUAAAGAAAAAUCGACAUCACAAGAACCAAAGAGCUUCGUUAAUUCCGUUAAUAAUAGCUGCGAACAAUGCAAAGGUAAGAUAAACAUAUUUAUAUAA